AUGGCUCUUGGAGUGAAUCCCAUUGACUUUACCGAACCCAUCGAGACUACCACCUAUGAAUGCGAACAAGUCUUCCAGAAAGCCAUCAAGGCUUGGGAGGAGAAGUACCUCGACGAUCCGCUAGUCGAAGACGCGAAUUCCCCGGAUAUGAUAUGGUUGUACUCUUACCACGAGAUUCUUUCGCGGGGAAUCGCAUGUCUUCAACGCAGACGCCGUCUGAUCGAAGGUCAACCAGCGAGUCUAACCAACAAAGUGGAUGAGGAGGAGGAGGAGAAGAAGAAGAAGAAGAAAGAGCAAGAGAAAGAGGAAGAGCAAGAGGAGGAGGAAGAAGAAGAGAAAGAGAAAGAGAAAGAGAAAGAGAAGAAGCGAUGGCGGCCGUUUCUUUGA